AUGUCAAUAUCGGCAUUAUUGGCUCUUCUAUUAUUGUAUAAUUUAACGCAAAGCGAUGCUGCCGCUGAAUUCUGUGGGCAAAAUAUGCAUGAAGCCACCUUCUACAAUGACUCCAUUACCCUACGAGCCUUGGUGAUUUGGUUUCCAGCAGCUGUGGGAACUCAAAAUAAAUUAAAUUUAUGUUCCCUGUCAACCGGUCAGACACUGCAAAGAACAUGCUACCGCAAUGGAAGUGGAACCAUGUGGGACAAUCCGCCAGAUCCGAAUAUGUCCAUGGUAUACUGUAAUUACAUUCAAAAUCACUGUCAGUCGGAGACAUUUGAACACAAAUAUAUUAUGAAAAAUAAUAUUCUGCGAACGAACAUCAAUCAAUGGCCAGCUGGACAAGUAGGUGGUGUGGUCCAAAGUCAGGAACCAUGUUUGCAGAGAAAUGGUAGCCUACUAACCAGGCAAUGUAUCUACACGGAACAGGAUCAUGCAGCCAAUUGGAUGCCUAAAAAUCUCACAAACAUCACCUGCUUACAUGACAUCGAAAAUAGUAUUGUAACCUAUGAUCUGAAUGAGCUAAAUAAUGAAGUCCAAAGCCACAAUGGAACCCUGACGUCGGAAUAUGCAUUGAAUGCCACAACAAGUUUAAAAAAUAUAUUAGAAAAAAGCACCAUCAAUCGGAUACCAGCUGAUCUACAAAUAUCCACAAAUAUUUUACAAAAUGUUAUCGGUCAGAAUAAAUCUAAACAACCUGAACUGUUGCCGAAUGUCAUGAAAAUAGCCAACAAUCUGAUGAAUAGUUCGCAGAGUGUUAUAACGGUUGCCAAAAAAUAUGGCACUACCAAAACUCUUAUCCAAACAGUAGAAGAAUAUCUUGAUGAUAUCACCGCAACCACAGUACCUACCUCAAAUUGUACACAAAUUCCAAAUGGCGUUCUCAUUAAAUCGGAAGGUCUACUCACGGUUUUCUAUAUCAAUGCAGUGUGUUCGAAUAUUUCUGGUGUUGUCAUUUAUAAUCGCAAUGUUCAACCGACACGUAAAAUGUCGUAUGAUAUCAAAUCGAACUCUUAUUAUCGUUGUCUGUAUAUGAAUCAAUCAUUGGAUGACCUCCUCCAGGAAUCGCAGAUUGAAGUAGCUGUCCAUUUGCCCGAAAAUCUAUGGAAAUCAAAUGAAAAUCUUACGACAGUAAAAAUUUCAUUGUACCGUCGUAAUGAACUGUUUACGGGACAUACAUUGCAACCGAAUAGUUUGGUAACGAAAGUAACCGUACCGGAUUAUAAAG